UUACGAUCGAACAGAAUACCCUCUUAAAAUUCAAACUUUAGAAGAUUACCCGUCAAUGUACGAUCUCCCCAUAUCUCCGCCCUUUGGUAUUUUCACAGCUCCGGUUCAAGUCCCUAGCACUCCAGAAGGUGAUAAUGCUGCUUUUCGUCAUCAUGCUAACGUGGCCGAUGCCACGAAAUGUCAACCUAUAAUCUCAGUCGCUAGAAACUCUAAAACCAGUGAUGAUAAAUCAAUAAAAGAUAGAAAAUCAAGAAAUGAAGAGUUAGAAAAAUUAGUAGAAAAAUUUAGUCCACCCCCUAAUAAAAAACAACCUCGCAAUGUGACAAAGAAUAUAAACGAAGACCCGCAAGAAGAAAGCUCCUCGAGGGCAAAAAGAUUGAAGUCUGCUAUAAACCAAGUCAACGAAAUUAAAGAAAACGAGAGUGCAGAAGUUCAACAUAAUACAGAAGUUCAACAUAAUGCAGAAGUUCAACAUAAUACAGAAGUUCAACAUAAUGCAGAAGUUCAACAUAAUACAGAAGUUCAACAUAAUGCAGAAGUUCAACAUAUUUAA